AAGGAUCUGCGUUCUAAAUUUUGGGCUGCGUACAAAAAAGUGUCUGGUGAAUCCGAUGAUAACAUGUUGGAAAGGUGUAAUGGCAAUAUGGAUAUAAUACUGAUCUUUGCUGGUUUGUUCUCCGCCGCCAAUACUGCCUUCAUAAUUGCAAUGCAACCGAAUCCUCUUGAUACCACCAACGCUCUUUUAGUGCAACUUAUCCAGAUCACACUACAAGGUCCCUCUGCAGCACAGCCAGCGAUCCUUUCAUCUUCCACCAGCUACUAUUCCAACUUUUGGAUACAGGCGGUCUCGUAUAUGAGCCUCUCGCUCAGUCUUCUUGCUGCCUUUGGUGCUGUCCUGGGCAAGCAAUGG